AUGGAAAAACCACCCGAGUCAUUUCUUGAACCGAAUGGAAUGGGUGGUAGUGACAUAUUAGACUUCCUGUGCGAUCCCAACAUGUUUAUGAAAAUUAAAUUUCAGAUUUUGCAGGCAGUCUGUAAUGCUUCUAUGAAAUUCAUUGACUGUUUUGCCGGAUUUGCGGGCUUAGUUGGAGAUUUGAGAGUUUUUAGAAAUUUAGAUCUAUGGAAAGAAGUUCAAAUGAAUAAACGAUUCUUUUUUCCCAAUGAAUUUAUUAUUGGCGACAAGGCAUACCCUGUCAUGGUAUAUUUCUCUUAUAUUAUUGACCGUGGUCAACGUAAAGCUGUAUGGAAAUUGAGAAGAUUGAAGAGAUUUAUACUGGAAAUAUUAUUCCUAAUGAAGAAGCAGGAGAAGCCAAACGUGAUUAUUUGUGUGCACUUGUCGCUGAAGCUGAAAAUUAACGAUACGCAAUUUGAUUCGUGAUUACUAAAAUGGAAGCAUUUUCAUUUCAUUUAAGCUUUAUAUAUAAAAUAUUUAUUUUGAGAAUAUAA